ACUCCCUCGGUUCCGCCCCUCAGUCGCCCCUCCUCCCUCUUUGCGGGGUGCUUCUUUCUUGCUUCUUCUCUGUUUUUCUCCCUGUUACCCUAACAAAACUCUCUCUCUCUCUCUCUGCGGUGUGAUGGAGGAGUUGGAGAUUCACAGCGUGAGGUGCGCGGAGUGGAAGCCCUCUGCGGUGGUGGCCCUCGCCACCAGCCCCGAUGACGCUCAGGUGGCCGCCGCCCGCGAGGACGGCACGCUUGAGAUUUGGCUCGUCUCUCCGGGCUCUGUCGGGUGGCACUGUCAGCUUACCAUUCAUGGGAAUCCUGACUCCAGGAUCUCUUCUCUCGCCUGGUGUCGUUCGGGCUUCAAAGGCUUGGCUUCGUCCGGUCGGUUGUUUUCAUCUAGUAUCGAUGGCUCGAUUUCUGAAUGGGAUCUUUUCGCGUUGCAGCAGAAGGUUGUUUUGGAUUCUAUAGGAGUUUCGGUUUGGCAGAUCGCAUUGGAGCCUUUUGAAAGGGCAUUGCAUUGUGGAAGUCAUACUGAUUUACCUACAACUAGUGGAGUUGCAAAUGGUUCAAUCUGUUAUAAAGAUGAUGAUGACGAUGAGAGUAGUGACGAUGAUACCAGCAGUGUUAAUGAUAUUGAAACUAGUGAACCUCAUGCUAUACAAGCAUGCAAUUUUAACCAACGGUUGGCCCUUGGCUGUGAUGAUGGUCGUGUACGAAUAUGUACUGUUAGUGGUUCAGAUGAGACCCUGGAUGCUAUCGUAUCAUUGCCAAGGGUGGAUGGACGAACUCUAAGCGUAGCAUGGAGCCAUGACUCCAAAUUUAUCUUCUCUGGGAGCAGUGAUGGGUUCAUAAGGUGCUGGAACUCAACUACUUCUCAUGAGGUUUAUAGAAUAACUGUAGGGCAUGGUGAUGUGGGUGUUAAACAAGAGCUUUGCAUUUGGUCACUCCUUUCUCUAAGGAAUGGCACUCUGGUUAGUGCAGAUAGCACUGGGAGUGUUCACUUUUGGGAUGCUCAACAUGGUACCUUAAUCCAGUCACAUUCUAGGCACAAAGGUGAUGUCAAUGCUUUAGCUGCAACACCAACUAACAGAAGAGUGUUUUCUGCAGGUUCUGAUGGUCAGGUUAUCCAGUAUAAACUCAACCAGGACUCCUCCAGUUUCAAUAAGAAUGAUUCUUCUAUAGAUGUGCUAGAGAAGUGGAUCUACGUUGGAUAUGUACGAGCUCAUACCCAUGAUAUUCGGGCUUUGACUAUUUCUGUGCCUAUCAGUGCAGAAGAUCCACUGCCUGAAAAGGAGAAGAAAGGAAGAAAGGAUAGAAAAAACAAUGGUCCUGAAAAGCUUAUGAAUUCCAGUUACCAGAAAUGGGCUCGUUUAGGAGUUCCUAUGUUGAUUUCUGGUGGUGAUGAUACCAAGCUCUUUGCAUACUCUGCCAAUGAGUUUAGCAAGUUCUCACCUCACGACAUAUGUCCUGCACCUCAGAGGGUGCUUGUUCAAUUGGUGCAUGACUCGGCCAUUGGUGGAACAGACAUGAUCUUAGUUCAAAAUCCUGGUUGGUUGGAUGUGAUGCCUGUUUUUCUUGGUUCUAAAGCUAAAUCUAGUAAGAGAAAGCAUGUGGAUUCUGGGAAGAUUGCAACCGCACAGUUGCUGGCUAGAGUCAAAUGCAAGAAGGCAGAAAAGAUCAUUUCUAGCACCAUUUCUAGAACUGGAGUUUUGUUUGCUUUCUCGGACCAUGUAAAGCCCAGGCUCUUUGAACUAAAGAAUGUGACCGGCUCUGGUGUUGGAAAGGGUGGCUGGGUGGUCGACAAAAUGCAACUUCCUGCAAAGUUACCUUUUGCACACUGUAUGGUUUUUAGCAAUGACUCAUCUCGCUUAAUCAUUGCGGGCCAUGAUAAAAAGAUAUACGUGCUGGAUGUUGCUGCUUUGAAGGUAUCACAUGUCUUUAUGCCAUGCAGGAAGGAUCCAGAUGAGAAUGCUGCUGCCAACGAGCCUCCUAUAAAUAGGAUGUUUACCAGUGAUGAUGGCCAGUGGUUAACUGCUGUAAACUGCUAUGGAGAUAUCUACAUCUUCAACUUAGAGAUAAACAGGCAGCAUUGGUUUAUAUCUCGGUUAAAUGGAGCAUCAGUUACGGCUUGUGGUUUUCCUCCUGGGAACAGUAAUAUUCUUGUGGUUGUAACAUCUACAAAUCAUGUCUACAUAUUUGACGUUGAAGCGAAACAGUUGGGCGAGUGGUCUAGACGUCACACUUUUUUGCUUCCAAGAAGCUUUCAAGAAUUUCCUGGGGAAGUCAUUGGGCUGUCAUUUCCCCCAUCAAUCAAUUCAAGCUCUGUUAUUGUGUACAGUGCCAGAGCAAUGUGUGUGAUUGACUUCAUGAUGCCUGUGGAGCAAGGGAAGGAUACUGCUAGUAAUGCUUUGACUUCAACAUCCAAAAAAGCUGAGGAGCUGCACGGAAAUGGUUCUGUUAAGAAGCGGAAACACAAUGAUGCUGACUUCGAUCAUAAACAGUUACCAAAAGUCAACAGAAAUUUUGAAUUCCAUACAUUUAAGAAUCCCGUUUUCUUUGUUGGUCAUUUAUCGGAUGGUUCUCUUAUAACAGUAGAAAAACCCUGGAUGGAGGUAGUUCAAACAUUGGGUGCUCCAGUUCACAGACAUAUGUACGGUUCGUAGUCAGCAGCAAAGGAAGGCUAGGCAAUAUAUGAGGUCUUCCUUUCCGGUUCUUGCGGAAUGCUUGAAGUUGUAAAAUUAUUUUUUUGUAGGCAGAAGUGAAAUGAUUUUACCGGCGUGGUUCAGCAUCCUUUACGAAAAUUCUUUAUUCCACUUUCUUGUUGUCCUACUUAUUGAAGUUCAGCGACCGGAUGUCAAGCUAUGCUUCAAGCGGAAAGGUGGAUGGCUUCACUUUUGUCAUGACUAAUUUAAUGAGGGUGAAGUGAAGGCUUUCAGGUACAGUGCUCAUGGAUAAUUUGCUCGUGAUUCUCGAAGGUGGUUAUCUGCUACCUGUCAUUUGACUAUCUCCACUUCGGAAACGGGCAGUUUUCAUCAAGAGGUGUGCGCAAAGCUGAUGCCAUCGACUGUCAUACCUGCUGCUGAGCAUGUGAAGAAUGUCUUAAUUAUACAUAUCUGUGUUCCAACAGGACGAAAUAAUCAACCCCUUAACAAAAUGCGAAACUGGUGAUCAGGGAUCUGUGUUAGAGUCAACCCUUGCCCUUGGUUACUUUUGUUAGUUGGUAGGUGUGCACUUAGUACUCAUUUUUGUACUUUCCCACUUUGGAACUCUGCGGGCUGCCUCGGGCACAGGGCCAUGGUGGCUAAGCAAAUUCUCACUUGUCAGACUGUCAUAUGUUUUGAAUGAUUUUGAUUAUGGAAGUCGGUAUUUUUCGCUUGCUUUA